AUGUCCACUCCAAGCCUUGUCCGGUCAGCAAGAGCACCGGGAGGGAGCGCUGCGACGUCGACCUCUUGGUGGAGGCAGACGCCGCGUCGGUUCGCAGCAUUGCCACUUCAGCGAUGCAGCUGCAAAGGUCAGCAACAUCGGCGGAUCGCGACCGAAUCUACUCUUCCACCUCUCUUCGACCUCAAUGACUCUCGUCCGGGUCCCCAGAAGGGAGAUUUGGCCUACCUGGCCAUGUCUGGAGGGGUGGAUUCGUCCGUAGCUGCACUGUUGGCCAUCCAGCAAGGGUUGCAGCCUUCGCCUUUGUUCAUGCGCAACUGGAACGAUCUCGACGAAGGCGAAGGAUUUGAGCCUGGAGCAGGUGGCAAGGAGGGCUGCUCUUGGCUUGAAGAUUGGAAGCGUGUGAAGCGGACUUGCGUCGCCCUCGGGCUCAAAGAGGAAGAUGCUCAGCUAGUGCGUCACUAUAAAUCUGCACAACAGAGGUGGGCCUUCGGUCCAAGUAUGUGCUAAUGUUAGUACUUUCCUUGCAUCCGACAGAUCGACCUGUCAACGCAGUACUGGCUCAGCGUUUUUGCGCCCGCCUUGGAGGUGUGGCAACGGGGCGAGACGCCCAAUCCGGACGUGGCGUGCAAUCGCGAGAUCAAAUUCGGAGCGUUGCUGGAUCGGCUACUGCGCGGGAGUGCCUCGCAAUCUGCAUCAGGCAGCUUUGCUGUUGGGGAGAAAGCAGUGUAUGGACGCCGACCACGCAAGACUUGGCUCGUGACCGGACACUAUGCGGGUCUGACGUACAGUCGGGAUGGGUAUUCAGCCGCUCUUCGAAGAGCUCGAGACAACACGAAGGACCAGUCCUACUUUCUCUCCUCUGUUUCACGAAGCGCGCUCUCGAAGGUGCAUUUACCGCUGAGUCAGCUUGAAAAGACUCGGGUCAGGGAGAUUGCUAGGAAGCACAGGCUGCCAGCUGCAGAACAAGAGGAGAGCAUGGGGCUUUGCUUCGUGGGAACUAGACGAAAGCAACCUCGACCGGGAGACAACCAUGAACUUGCAAGACGCAUGGCGAGUCAAGUGCACAGUACCAAACUCCAAGAGCGCGCUUUCGCUUCCUUCAUUUGUAAGCGUCUUGCGCCCAGGAUGCAGCGUCUCGAAGACGCAUCAGGCUGACAAUGUGUGCCUCCGACAGCGUCUUACCUUACGCCCUCGCCCGGCCCAAUCCUCUCACCGGAUGGGACUCGACUCGGAAGUCACGCGGGGCUACACACGCUCACGAUCGGUCAGCGCGCUCGUCUUCCCGGCGCAAAGAAGGCUUGGUUUGUCUGCUCGAAGAAUGUCAAGACCAACUCCAUCAGCGUCGUUGCUGGGCAAGAGCACCCGGCUCUGUGGGCCACUAGCGUCAACGUGGGAGCAAUGACUUGGCACGCUUCUACGCAGCACAAGCAGGUUUCGGCUCAGAUCCGAUACAGGGCUGAUGCAGUUCCGGCUAAAGUCAUACACGACUCGAACCGCAUCAGUGAUCAGUCGUCGCCCUUUGGCUCCACUUGCAAGGUCUCUUUCGAUCGACCGAUUUUGGCCGUUGCUCCCGGUCAGGUGUGCGCCAUGUACGAUGGAGAUGCAGUUGUUGGUUCCGGUAUCAUUCGCUCAGUCGAGACGUCUGAAUCUGCUGCUGCAGCGUCCACCAUGGCGAGACAAGACUUCCACGCCGAUACCGCCCACGGAGCCAAGUUUUCCUCAUCGUCUGCCUAG